UUUUAAUAUAAAUAUUAUUAAUAAAAAUAAUAAAAAUUUUUAAUAUAAAAUGUUUCAAAAUCAAAAUAAUAUUUCUUUACAAGAUGGUUAUGAAUUUAUUAUAAAGCAUGUAAGUGGUGCAUUACAUUUUAAAUUAAUCAAUACUCUUCUUCGUUUGGGCAUUUGUGAUAUUUUAGAUGACGGGGUUCCAAGAACCCAUCAAGAGUUGGCCAGUAUCGUCAAUAUUCCAGAGGAGGGUAUGUUCAAGAUUUUACGUUAUUUCACUUUCCACAAACUAUUUACAGAAAACGAAGUAGAUGGUAUCACUACCUUUUCAAAAAGCAACUAUUCAGAAUUCUUUACAAAGGGUCACAAGUUAUUUGGUGUAGCAAAUAUGUUUUCAAGUGAUUUGUAUUAUGAUUUAUUUAAAUCAACUCCAGAUUCAUUUUUUGGUAAUUCAUCGGGAGUUCCAAAUUCUAUGAAUGUUGCCCACACAUGGGACCUACUUGAUUCCGAAUCAAAUAAAGUUUAUUUCAAAAAUGCAAUGAACUCUGCAACUGAAGCAAUUUGUGAAGAGAUAAUAAAUAAGGUUGAUUUCUCACAAUCAAAAGUUAUUGUCGAUGUUGGCGGUUCUCAUGGUCAAUUAAUUAGCUCAAUUUUAGAAAAAUACCCAUCAAUCGAAAAAGGAAUUAACUUUGAUUUAGAAAAAGUAAUAGUUACUAAUAAAAAACCAACUGAUCCUAGAUUAGAACAUGUUUCUGGCUCGUUCUUUGAAUCAGUACCAGCUGGAGAUUCUUAUAUUUUAAGACAAAUUAUUCAUGAUUGGUCAGAUGAAGACUCAGUAAAAAUUAUCAAUACCAUUUCAAACUCGAUGAAACCAGGUGGAAAAUUGUACAUUUUCGACUAUGUCAUUGAUAACAAUAACUAUCAACACGACUCAUUAUAUUUUGAUAUGAAAAUGUAUCAUUUUUUUCAUGGACAAGAAAGAACAGAAAGUCAAUUUAGAAAAUUACUUGACCAAUGCGGUUUUAAAAUUGAUUUCAUUUUUAGAAUUGGUUUGGUUGCCUCUAAAAAAUAAAU